CAAUGGAAUUUAAUUAUACAAGAGCAAUUGUGUCAAGGGUACAUUACAUGAUCACCUAAGUACAUGAAGGUGUACCUGUUAUUUUUCCUCGAGUUGAAAUCAACGAAUCAUUGUCACAUGCUUUUGUUAGCAUUCUCCAAGUUUUUUUUUUCAAUAUUCUACCAGUGACAACUGGCAUUUGUGAUUGUCCUCAGGUUCCAGGUGAAUUCGAGAGAAGGGGGGGACAAUGGGGAUUGUCUUGGGUACAUCCUGCCAUCGUUCGUUUACCCCCAGUAAUUGGUACAUUGAUGAUGAAAGAAUAAAUGAGAGGUGUUGGACUAUUAAUAUUUAAAAUCGAUGGUCGCUGAUGAUUUGUUUAUAAAAGAGUUCCUUCGAAAUAGAAAAAAUGCAAAAAAAAAAUAAAUACCACAGCUUCCUAUCUAUUUCUCAUAAACUUUUGGGAAAGGAAAAAUUUCAAAAAUAUUAGCUUCUGAGUUAUUCCUCUAAGCAAAAAUCUCCCAGAAAAAAUCCCUCAAAAAUAGAAAUGAAAAAUAAAUUAAUAAAGUUAUUCAUUGGAUGGCUCGUCAACGCAAAUAUUCAAUCCCCCCGCUUGGCUCUUUCUUGUUGAAUACUUUCGAAUAAUAAUGAUUUUGGAUUUUGGCAAAUAUUCCCUUUUUUAAAUAGCAUUUCCACGGUUUUUUGAUUCUAAGGAAUAAAUGAUCUUUCAUAAGACGAAUAUAUAUAAAAUAACCAAGUAUCAUCGAUUCUGUCUUGAAAUCGUGAAUUAAGAAUAACGUGCUCCGAAAAGCUCAUAAAAAUUUUUCAAACGGUACGUCCAUUGGUUUCAGAUACGCAUAAAUUACGGGCAUAAUUCCUGGCAAUUGCCUACUCCACGAUAACUCAAGCCAUUCCCGCAAGCCUUCAAAGAUAACAAAUGUAAGCGAAUAGUGCUGGAGUGAACAUAAAGAAACCCGUGAAAAAAAUUGAAUUGUAAAUGUGAAAGUAAUUGAAAAUAAAGAAUGGAUUUCGUUGUUGAAAUGUUGAUAGCUCCACUGGUACUGAUUCUGAUGCUCUUUGAUUUCUUCAAUUCGAAAUGGGAAUGCUGGUUCCGAUUAAAUAUUGAGGGGCCUGAGCCCAAUAUUAUAUGUGGAAAUAUCGGUAGUGUUGCCUUAGGACGAAUUUCCUUCGUAGAAAUGGUCAAUAAAUUUUACAGAGAGUGGAGGGCCGAGCCCUAUUUCGGGAUAUUUGUCUGGCGAACGCCAGUUCUCAUCAUCAACGAUCUGAAUGUGGUAAAGUACAUUCUGCUCGAUAAUGCUAAAUUAUUCGCAACUCCAAAACUCGUCAUUGGCAGAGGCAUCAUCCACCAGAAUUCCUACAAAUCUUGUGGCACAAUCGAUCAUUCGAAAGUCCUUGAGACGGUUUUAACGUCUGAAAAGGUGAGGGACAUGUUCGAUUUGGUGAUCAGAUCGACUAAUGGACGUCAAGAGACUCUGAAUAAGAUAAUCAAGGGGAAAGGAGUUGUCGAUUGCUCUCAAUUCGCUGAAUAUUUUACCACUGAAAUCUUGAUUCACUGCGUUUUUGGAGUAGAUGGAAAUUCACCGAUGGAGAGCGAGAAAAUCAGGACGAUCAUUAGGGGAUUAUGUGGUCCUCGCGAGCGCUAUUUAUAUCCGAGAAAACUGUGUGUCAUCCUUCGGGUAAUUUGCUGUCAUCUGGGUGUGAAGGAAAACGCUAAGAAAUGGGAAUUCUUCGUCAAUUUGAUUCGAGAGAAAAUUAAACACCGGGAGGAACGUAAUAUCGUUUGUCCUGAUUUCAUCGGUGUUCUCCAGGAUCUCAAAAGCAGAACUCAUGGUGAUAAUUUGGAGUGGACUGACGACUGUUUUCUAGCCUCUGAAGCGAUUGCCUUCCUCAUCACCAGCUACAACUCAUCAGUAUUAUUAAUUACCGCCGUAUUAUAUGAACUCUCGAUUAAUCAAGAGGUCGAGAAAAGGUUGAGAACAGAAAUCAGAGAGACAUUAAAAUUUUAUAACGAAUCUAACUGCAAUGUCCUCGACCGAAUGGAGUACAUUUCAAUGGUCCUCGCUGAAACCUUGAGGAAGCAUCCCCUGAGGCCCUUACUGAAGAGAAAACUCAAUGAAAACAUUCAGAUUGAAAAAUCGCAAAUGAAAAUGCCGAGGAACACCAGAAUAAUUAUUCCAGUCUCCAGCAUUCAUCAUGACGAAAAAUACUACCCAGAGCCGAACACUUUCAGUCCAGAAAGAUUCUCCAUAGAAGAAAUAAAUCGACGUAAUUCCAUGACUUUUUUACCCUACGAUGGAGGGGCCACCAGUUCCCUCGGAGAAAGAGUGGGGAUUCGCAUUACAAAAUUGGCCUUGAUAUUCCUCCUGAAGAGCUUCAGACUAAAUCCUACAAAAAUUAAUUACCACAGCUAUUUAAAAUUCCAGAAAGUUCCAGUGGAUCUGAUUCCCUCAGAGUAAUCAAACAGAAAAUCAAUCUCCAACGUUCUCUAUAAAAAAUUGUCUCAAUGGAAAGUGAUUUUAGAAAACAACGCCAUAAGACUUUUUUCGUAGAGAAUUUCGUGAGCUAAGAGCAAUUUCUCUUUGAAUUUUCCCCGGUGUAAAUAAAACACAAGGAAAAAACGAUUGAAUAUCAACUAAUAAAUACAGAGUGUAAGUACAGUCUUGUUUAAAUGGAUAAUAAGGUUGUAAAUAUUUUUUCUACCUGCGAAAGAGGCUUGCGGGGUUGUUCCAUUGCAGAUAUUCUGGAGUAAAAAAAUGAAAAUAAGUGGUUAUUGUAUUGAAAAUAAAGCAGUUAUUUUUUUGUAAUGAA